AUGUCUCUUGGUAACAGCUCGGUGGAUUUCCUCUCUGCGCUCUGGAACUUCUCGGUGGAGGACGGCGUGGGGGAGAGCGGCGCACGCCACAGAGCCAUGGCACACAAGCCCACGGUGCGAGCGCUGCUCUCAGUCUCCUACUCCAUCAUCAUCAUCAUCUCUCUGUUUGGGAAUGCAGUGGUGUGUCAUGUGGUGGUGAAGAGCAAGCGCAUGCACUCGGUGACCGGAGUCUUCAUCAUGAACCUGGCCAUCGCCGACAUCCUCAUCACCCUCCUCAACACUCCGUUCACUCUGGUACGCUUCAUCUACAGUACAUGGGUGUUUGGGAAAGUGAUGUGUCAUGUGAGCCGCUUUGCUCAGUACUGCUCCGUUCAUGUGUCUGUGUUCACUCUUGUAGCUAUUGCCAUUGAUCGACACCAGGUGGUGCUGCACCCAAUGAAGCAAAGGAUGUCCCGCCUCCAGGGUGUGGUCUGGGUUGGGGUGAUUUGGUUAAUGGCUACAUGUUUCUCUCUUCCGCAUGCCAUCUACCAAACUCUGCUGCACUUCAAGAUCGGCGAGGGGAACGUGAGGACUGUUUGUCUGCCCAGCUUCCCCCAGCCAUCGGACCUGUUCUGGAAGUACCUGGACCUCACCACCUUCGUCCUGCUCUAUGUGCUGCCUCUGGCGAUCAUCACCGUUGCUUACGUUGUUAUGGCAAAAAAGCUGUGGGCUCGUAACGCCAUCGGCGACGUGACCCUGGCCCAGAGCUACGCCCACCGCCGGAGGAAGAGGAUGACGAUGAAGAUGCUGAUAGCAGUGGUAGCGGUUUUUGCUGUCUGCUGGUUCCCGCUGAACUGCUACGUGGUUCUGCUGUCAAGCAAAGUGAUUGAGGCGAACAACGGCAUAUACUUCAGCUUCCACUGGCUGGCCAUGAGCUCCACCUGCUAUAACCCCUUCAUCUACUGCUGGCUAAACCACAACUUCAGAGCUGAGAUCAGGUCACUGCCGCUCAUCGGUCGCAAACGCAAAGUCAGCAGCAGUCAGCACACUUGAAGA